UGUGGACCUGCGGACUCAGAGCUGUCAUCCACUCCAGCUUUUCAACCCUUUCUGUGGAUUUUCUUCUGACACUUCCUGGAGGAGGAAUCAAUCCAUCUGUCACCUAAAGGAAAGCUUUUUUAGAUCUGAAGGAAGUUUUUUUUUUUUUGUUUUUGUUUCUCGGCUGAGCGGGACGGAGCAUCUCAGCGGAGACCCUGCAGUGCCGAGUACGCAUGGAGGCUGAUCAGUGGAGACUUUCUGUCUUGUUCUGAGGUCACAGAUCGUCAUUCUAAACCAGCAUCAUCUUCUGCAGGCCCAGAGGAGCGCUCUGACUUCACCACAGUGCAUAGGCCUUCCAUUGAAGGAGCCUGGAGCUGCAGGAAGAGAGAGAGAGAGAGAGAGAGAAAAUAAACACCGCUUAAAAAAGACGCUCUUCAUGAAUUCCCCAAAAACCUAAAAGGCAAAUACUGCGAGUUGGCUGGCGGUCCUGAGGAGGCAUGAGGACAAUGAGUAUGGCUUGGCUGUGUCUCCCAGCCUACACUGUGCUCCUUGUUGGUUGCUUUCACACAGCUGUCACAGAAAGCGAUGUCACUCCACGCCUCACCUUCUCCUACAAUGCAAAGGAGAGAACAACCAGAAGAUUCUCAGUCGACAAAGUCUCCAACUUCACAUCUCUCCUCCUCAGUAAAGAAGACAACACGCUGUACGUCGGCGCUAGGGAGAUUCUCUUUGCCCUCAACCUCACUGAUAUCAGUGCAGUCAAGCUACAAAGAAACCUCACGUGGGAAACUCCACAGACGAAGAGAGACGAGUGCAGUUUCAAAGGCAAAGACCUGAAGAAGGAUUGCCUCAACUACAUCAAGAUCUUGCUUCGUAUUAACAGCACUCAUCUGUAUGUGUGUGGAACGUACGCCUUCAGCCCCACCUGUGCUUACAUUAACACUGCAGACUUCUCCCUUGUCAAGAGCGAUACCGGUGAGAUCGUUACAGAGGAUGGACGAAGCCGCUGCCCGUUUAAUCCUGAAUACAAGUCCACUGCCAUCAUGGCUGAUGGAGAACUGUAUGCUGGUACAGUCAGUAAUUUCCAAGGAAAUGAACCCAUCAUUUACAAGAGUAUAAGCCAAGGAACUGCUCUGAAAACUGAAAACUCACUCAACUGGCUUCAAGACCCAGCCUUUGUGGGCUCUGCCUACAUACAGGAGAGCCUGCCCAAGGGCAACCUAGUGGGCGAUGACGAUAAGAUUUACUUCUUCUUCAGCGAAGCAGGAAAGGAGUUUGAUUUCUUUGACAACACCAUUGUAUCACGCAUUGCUCGCGUGUGUAAGGGCGACAUGGGAGGCGAGAGGGUUCUGCAGAAGAAGUGGACGACCUUCCUGAAGGCUCAGCUGUUGUGCUCUUUGCCUGACGAUGGCUUCCCCUUCAACAUAAUCCAGGACAUGUAUGUGCUGACACCGAGCCCCGAGGACUGGAUGAACACGGUGUUUUAUGGAGUCUUCACGUCUCAGUGGUAUAAAGGUGCUUCAGGAAGCUCUGCCGUGUGUUCCUUCACUAUGGAGCAGGUGGAAAAGGCGUUCAAUGGGAGAUAUCGUGAGGUCAACCGAGAGACUCAGCAGUGGUACACAUACAAUCAUCCGGUCCCAGAGCCUCGGCCUGGAGUGUGUAUUACAAAUGCUGCCAGGGAACAGGGCAUCUCCUCCUCGCUGCACAUGCCAGACAAGGUGCUGAAUUUUGUCAAAGACCACUUUCUGAUGGACAGCGUGAUCCGCAGCCAGCCUCUCCUGCUGAAACGUAACGUUCGCUACACGCAGAUCGCCGUCCAUCGAGUCCAGGCAGGGAAAAAAGCAUAUAAUGUGCUCUUCAUUGGCACAGAUGAUGGGAGACUUCAUAAAGCCAUCAAUGUCAACAACAAGAUGCACAUCAUUGAGGAGAUUGCACUCUUCAAUGAUUCCCAACCAGUGCAACACAUCGAGCUGGACACUGAAAAGGGUCAGCUUUAUGUUUCCUCUUUCUCUGAACUGGUGGAGGUCCCAGUAGCUAACUGCGCUAAUUAUCAGAGUUGCGGGGAGUGCAUCCUCUCCAGGGAUCCUUACUGUGCCUGGAACGGGAGGCAGUGUGUGGAUGUCAGACAGGCUCCACCGAGCAAUGCCUGGCAGCAGGAUGUAGAUAAAGCAGACACAUCAGCUAUUUGCAACAAGACAGUGCCAAGCCCACGGUUUGCUAAACCUCCACCUACACGAAUGUCCUCAUGCCAGGUGAUCAUUAUCCCAGCCAACACCUUCAAAGUACUCCCUUGCAGGCUGCGCUCUAAUUUGGCUGAAAGGCGGUGGGAGUUCAGUGAGAGCGCGGGUCACUUCCAUUACCCCAGCCCAGAGGGGGGGUUAGUCGUGGUAGCUCAAGCUGACAGGCAGGAAACCUACGAGUGCUGGUCGGUGGAGGAAGGCUUCAGACAGCUGCUGGCAAACUACUGUGUGCGGGGCGAGACCAAACAUGAGAGCACCACCCUGACAGGCCGUUCUCACACGCCACUGGUCUCCCAGGAGGAGUUUAUCAUCCUGCCAGGAGAGGCCCGCUCACCGCAGAUCAACACUAAGACCUACUGGAACGAGCUGAUAGUGGUAUGUUCCCUGCUGGCUUUCUCCCUGGUGGUCUUCUCUCUGUUUGUGGUCUACCGGAACCGCGACCACAUGAAAUCCAUGCUAAAGGAGGGAGAGUGCCCUAACAUGCAGCAGAAGAAGCCCAGAAUAGUGGGGAAACCAGCUGAGAACUUGCCACUAAAUGGCAACACAGUCACAGCGUCGGCUUCGGAUCACAAGGGCUACCAGACCCUUAAUGACAACUACAUCUGCAGCACUCCACCACAUGAGUGCUCGUCUCCUGACAACAGUAAGAGCUUCUCAGAGUCGGAGAAGAGGCCUCUAAACUUAAAAGAGAGCCACGUAGAGAUCUCUCCCACAUGCCCACGUCCGCGAGUCAGACUGGGCUCUGAGAUUAAAGACUCUAUAGUGUGAGGCCGGCAUCGUGUUGUGCGGAGUUUGAAACUGAAAGCAAAGAGUGCACUUGUUGAGAGAGACAAACCCCUACAAGAGGGAAAACUGAGGAUCAUCAGACUCUUCACAGAGACUUUUCAUUACACAGAUUUUGCACUUUUUUUUUAUUCUGUCCCUGUGGUCCUUUUUCAUUUCAUGUUGUUUUCCUCUCACUCCCCCUUAUUCAAGUGCAUUCGAAGCACGCUGAAGAAGUUCCGGUUUGCCUUCAGACUUUUGAUGCUUUCACAUACGGCUCACAGGAAUGUAAGAAGCGUAUAGGUGGUGUCACAACUAUGAUUCAGUGAUUGAAUCUCAGGCCCCGUUUACACUUGGUGUGAAAAUGCGUCCUGGGUGAUCAGAUCACAAGUGGACAGCUCUAAGUACGGGUGUGAAUUAGGGCUGGACCCAAAUAUAAGGCUAUUUGGGCGUUUGUUAAUUAAGUAGGUAUUUGGCUUUUAAUUUAGGCUUUAAGAUUUUUAUUUUAUUUUUUUUUUGAGGACUAAUUCCACUUAAGUGUUUGUAAUUUUGCUGCUGCGCCUUUCACACACAUACUGGCAGGAAAGAUCAUUUUACCCAACGGUUAUUAACAGGUUUAUUGACUGUGGCAAGACGUUUCUGUGUCGGUGUGACAUGUGAGCCCCCUUGCAGCUCACCCUGAGUGGGGCUCUGUCCUGCAGCACAAAGCAGGCAAAUUUCAAUAUCUUCCAUAAUGAGGUCACUGAUAAUUUCACACAAACAAGUUUUUAAAAAAAAAUUUUUACUUUACUAACUGUAAAGUUUAAUAACCUACAAGCAGUCAGAGGCACCCUGACGCGCUGAAACUGUCGGAUGCAGGAUCCUAUCUCUCCCCUUCCAUCAUCCAUGGAACCUAUGGUCUCUUCCCAGAAGGCGGUGAAGCCGUGAAGUGCAUGGUCUCUCCCUCGCUCACCUUAUGGUGAAGCUCUGGGUGUCUGUCAUUCUGGGAUUAUUUGCUGUCUGUCUGCCCAGAAAAUGGCAUUCAGGACAGACCAGGUGUGAAUGCGCCACAUGUGUCCUCAGUGUCUCUUGAAAUCCAAUCGCUCAGAUCACAUUUAAUGGUGACAUUUAAUGAUGGUCUGGGCAACACAUUCUUUCAGGAGCCUCUUUUACAUCAACGUGGAACAGGUUAAGUUACAGUUCCCACACCUAAUUUUGACCGCUUCAGAGCAGAGUGUGAACCAUGAUGACAUCAGAUGUCAUAUUCCACAGAAGAGAGGAUGGCCAAGACAACAAGGGAGAAGUUUAGUGAGGAGUUGUAUGGGG